AUGGGCUAUAACGUCGUUAUGCGGGACUUUGACACCAAUGACUGGAGAUACUCCAACGACAUCAACAUGAGCUUACGACUGAUCAGGAAGGCGAUUGACAGCGGGCAUAAAGAAAGGGGUGGGCACAAUAUCGUGAUGCACUACAUUAUUGAAAAGACGGCGACGAUGUUAACGCCUAGGGCAAUUGACUUGAUCAAGAGAUUCAAGAUGCUGUUGGCGAGUGUUUGGGAAACCUUGGAAAUGAAGCGUUCAUUUUCGACAGCACAGCAGCAGCAACAGCAGGAGGGGGACUACAACUCGGACGACGCUAGUCCGAAUUCGGCACAAGGCCCUUCCCCGACUGCCAUUGCCACCGCCACCAACCUGAAGCAAAAAAUUUCGUACCACUUCACGCUCAACAUUGCAACCGCACCCGUCUUGGGAGUCCUCUUCUUGCUCGCCACCAGGUCGAUUGAAGGCGACAGCGUUCGGGAUGGAAUUGUUGGGGCACCCGGAAGUGGAGUCGAACCCUAUGCGGUCAUGAUCCUUUUUUUCUCAUUGGCUUACAUCUGUAUCAGUCUGGAUAUGACGGGAGUAUUUCAAUAUGCGGCAUUCUGGAUCUCGAAAAGAGGAGGCGGGAGUGGACAGCGGGUCUUUCUCUCGUUUUUCUUACUGUCAACGGUGAUGAGCGGAUUGACAAGUAACGAUGUCGUUGUCUUGACUAUGACGCCUUUUCUGGUCUAUUACUCGCAGGCUGUCGAUCUGCUCACACCCAUCGCUUUUCUCAUGGCAGAGAUUCAAACCGCCAACAUCGCAUCAAUGGCAUUGUACAUUGGAAAUCUGACCAACGUGGUCGCUUGCCAGGCUUACAAGGUCUCGUUCCUGGAGUACAGCGCCUGGAUGCUGCUCCCCUGCUUCGCAGCCGUCGCCACCUGCUACAUCAUGCUCCGGAUCAAUUUCCGUCACGAAAAGUACAUCCCCAAGAUCGUCAAGACCCCCAAUGUCGAUCCUCGCUCGUGUCUCGUUGAUCCUGUUGGUGCCGUCUUUGGAUUGUCGGUGCUGGCAUGUUCGUUGAUCUGUCUGAUCGGGACUUCGUUUGCUCAUGUCUCUGUUUGGAUCGUGACGGGCCCCUUUGCUCUGCUGACACUUGCGCGCGAUAUCUGGUACGACUCUCAGGGCAAGUUUAAGCCCGCCCAGGUUGCUGUUGGUUCUCUGUCUGAUCGCCAAUUGGGGGAUCGCGGGUCGAUGACUGGAGGAGGAGUUGAGGCUACUGCUGAAUCCGAGGAGAGUCAGUUGGAGAAGGGAUUGCCGGAGAUUGCUGUGCCUGAACCGAGCAUUGUCCGACCUGUGUCGAUCUUGACUGAAAAGGAUAACGGGAAGCUGGAAGAUGACCAAGGAAGCGUCGAGACCGUCAGUGUUUCCUAUAUACCAGCCAUCAUCCCCACUCCUACCACCAUGACUAUCACUGACAACAACAUCAACAGCCAAGCAUCAUCGGAGGAUACGACUCACCAGAGCUGGGCCAGGAAGUUCAGCCGAAAGUUUGAACAAAAGUCACCACUCCUCCACGCGAUCGCCAUCCGGAUGCCCUGGGCGAUCCUGCCGUUCACGUUCAGCAUGUUCAUCAUGGUUGAGGGACUGUCUCAUUCUGGCUGGAUCGCCAUCUUUGCCAAAUGGGCCACCAAACUGGUCCCUAACUACGUGGCCGCGACAUAUGCGAUCGGGUUCUUGUCAGUUCUGCUGUGUAACAUCUUCAACAAUGUGCCUAUGACCAUCCUGGUAGCCCGAAUCCUGCAGCACCCUAACUUUGUCGAUUCCCCGUUGGCAACACCCGAGGUGAUCAAGGGAUGUCUGUUUGCGCUGAUUGUCGGGAGUAAUUUGGGGGCGUGUACGACGUUGAUUAGUUCGUUGGCGGGACUGAUGUGGGACUCGGUGUUGAGGAGUAAAGGCAGUGGAGUUGGGUUCUGGAACUUCUUUAGAUGGAAUAUGGGGGUCAUGCCGGUUGUUAUCCUUGUCACUCUGACCGUCGUUGUCAUCGAGCUUACUGUUAUCUUCUAA